CUCACCACCUCGUCGUCACCUCGCCCGCCAUGUUCGUUGCGGCACUCGACGCCUACUACCUGGGCCUCACGGCCAUCCUCUCAGCCGGCAUGCAAGUCGUCGGCUUCACCAUUGCCUACACGCUGGGCACCGACAUCAUUACCGACUUCUGGUCGUCACUGACCACUGUCCUCCUCGUCCUCGUCACGCUCAAUUUCGGUGCAGCGUACACGGCGCGUAAUAUCGUCGCCUCCAUCUUUGGGAUGCUCUGGGCAGCUAGGCUCGGCGGAUUCCAGCUCUUCAGGAUCGCAAAGAUGGGAGGCGACUCCAGGUUCGAUCAGAUGAGGGGAAACCCUCUCAAGUUCGCCGGAUUCAGGUUCUUCCAAUUCCUUUGGGUCUGGACCAUUACCAUGCCGAUCAAUGUACUCAACUCCCCCUCUGUAACCCGCGACGUCGACGGCUACGGCGGCACGCGUGGACCCGCUUUCGGUACGGCCAAGGAUAUUAUCGGUGUUAUCAUCUGGGCACUAGGCCUCGGCAUCGAGUCUUGGGCCGACAUCUCCAAGUACCGCUUCAAGUCAGUCGUCAAGCCACCAAAGGGCGCAAUUACCGAUGUAGGACCAUGGGCUUGGUCGAGGCGCCCCAACUAUUUUGGCGAGAUGAUGAACUGGCUGGGUAUCUACCUCGUCUGUAUCUCGCCUGCGGCUCAGCCUGAGAUUUCAAACCGUGGCCACUCCGCACUGCUGGGCACCGUCGUCUCGCCUCUCUUUACCUUUGGCCUCCUCAUGUUCCUCUCGGGCAUGCCGACCGCAGAGAAGCCCACGCAGCAGAAAUACUUCGAGAUGUCGAGCAAAGGAGAGACCUUGGAGCCUUACGGCAAGACGCAGCGUGAAGAAGACCCCUGGAGAAGGUACAAGGCUCACAAGAACAGGACGAGCAUUCUUAUCCCGAUGCCGCCUGCCGUAUACAAGCCGCUGCCACAAUUCGUCAAGACGUGGCUGCUCUUCGACUUGCCCAUUUAUCAAUUCGAUGAGCAUAAGGAUGGCGCCAAGAUGAUGGAGGAGCAGCGUCAGGAGGGGGGCGAGAAUGGCGGCAACUGAGCUUGCCCAUCAUCGCAACAUCUCUCAUAGCAUCUAUGCAUCUUUUCACACCGGAUCUGCAUCAUCGUCUUUGCCUCAUCGCUUCAGUGUCAAUAGCCCCAGCAUCCGUCUAUCCCCCUUACUCGUCUCUCGCUUGUAUCGCAUCAUUGCUCCCUUGAUACCACACACGUCGCGAAGUAGCAAUCGAUCGAACAUGGCAUCUUA